GCUCUAAACAGCAGCAACUUGAAUAGUGAUUUUACUAAAAAUUCAUAUUGUGUGUAGAGCAAUGAAAAUAUUAAUUGGAUUAUGUACAUACAUUGCAAUAAUUUGUGACUUCAUUGCUAUUGAUGGGAAAACAUUGAAGCCUGAAAAUCCCAUUUAUUUGAAAGAAUGUCCAAACAAUUUGCAACUGUUUGUAGCUGAUGAAGAUAGGACUGAAAAGUUUUGUGACUGUGAAGAUAAAUUACUGUAUCAUCAAGAACACAAUUCUUGCUAUGAUGCUUAUCGAAAAGGUCCCUGUCCAAUUGGAUAUUAUUUUAUAGUUCCGCCCGGUGAAAUUGUGGCAAAAUGCGAACAAAAUCCUUGUGAGAUUGAUGGUCUUGUUCCUUAUGAUGGACAGUGUCACACUCUUUGGAAAAUUGGAUAUCCCUGCAGUGAUAAUAGCAGUUAUUUAGGAAUCAAUGAGAAUUUUCAAAUAGAAUGUGACGACUUAAAAUAUGCAAAAACGAUUAAUGGUGGCAAGUCAUUAAAAUUCUGUCCAGCAAAUGCGUAUUUGCCUUCAAUAUACCAUCGUCCGGCUAAAUUUAUUUGUGAGUGUGAAGAACCAUAUAUAUUUUCUCCAACAAAUUUUUCAUGUCAGGAAGCUUACAGACAAGGUACUUGCCCCCAAGGAAGUUAUCUAACACUUGCUCCCGGUGAGAGACAUCCAAAAUGUGAAGUAAACCCUUGUCAGUAUGAUGGUCUUGUUCCAUUUGAGGGAGGUUGUCAUCGAAUUUACAAAUAUGGAACACCAUGUCCUAGUUAUUCUUAUAAAUUAACAGUUACAGCAAAAAGUUUUAAACCAAAAUGUGUUAAGUUUAAUUAUCCUAGUCCGUUACUUAUUGGUGGGAUUAUAACUGCGCCUGUAAAAGCUUGUACAGCAGGGAGUAAACGUGUUAUUUUAUUAGGAUGUAAACGCGUUUUCUCAUGAUCAACAAACUAUCGACAGAAAGAAUUCUAGGAAAUAAAAAUUCGUCAAAUUACGAUUCAGUGAAUUGGAAAUUCUCGACAUUAAAAAGGUUAUUGUUUUACAACUAUUACUGCUUUAUUAGUAUUUUUUGUAAAUUUAAAUUGUCUAAAAAUUCUGUUUACUAAUAUUAAUUUUCAACUUUUUAAAUUUCUUUGAAUUUUAAAUGUUUUUUUAUAAAUUCUUUUUAACUAAAUUUAUUUAUGAGAAUCCAAAAAAAUAUUACUAAACAAUUAAGGGACAGUGUUAUUUUGAACAUUUAUGCUCGUAUAAAUAAAAAUAUACAAAUAAUUUAAACAA